AUGUCAGAAUUGAAUGAUGAUCUAGUUCUUGAGGUUAUCUCAUGGUUACCCCUAAAAGACGCAGUUCGAUGCAAGAUUCUGGACAAAAAUUUCAACAGGCAGUGGGAAGAAAGCCAUGAAGAGGAUUUUGUUUGCAAAUCAAGUAAGUUUGUGGCAAGAAAUAUUCAACCUGUUUACUUACAUGAUUCUCUACAUUGGCUUAGAGAAGAUGGCAGUAUUCUUUCUUUCGACAUCGAAAAACGCCGGGCUGGAAUCUUUCAAGGACCUGUUAAGUUAAUCUUUGGUACAUGGUAUGGUUAUGACAUAUGGUUCGGAGGAGUUGAAGAUUCACUCGUACUCGUUUGCCCUUCAAAAUAUGAAACUGUCAUAUAUGUUUAUGAUCUUGUACGCACUAAGACAUGGCAAAUUUGGCACAGAAUUGGAAACAUAAGUAGAACAGGUAACAAUGACUACAGGAAUGUAUUUCCUAUACUAUUUGAUGGCCAAAGACUGAUUCUUCUUCUAAGGAAUAAAGCUGGAGAAGAUGGACAAUUUUUCAUGCACAACAUUUUAGUAAAAUCCUGGGAGAAGAUAGGGACUGUUUCAGCAGUGACAGAAUUUGUUCCUUUCGUUUCAACAUUGGCAAAGAUCAACUCUGGCUAUGUGCUAGAUGAGUUAAGGAACAAUUUCCUCUUAAAUUAG